CUUGAAAACAUGUAGCAGAAGACAGCAAACAGCUGAUAUUGACAAUUUUGUUUUCGUUUGUUAGAGAGCGCGGCCUUGAGAGAGCGUGGGGCGGGGAGUUUGUGCUGUGGAUUUGCGAAAGACAUGCGCAACCAGAGCACCAUGGGGUCCGACGUGCGAGACGGCGAGACGGCUGCAUCUCCUCGGACUCGCUACAUCACCAUCAUCACGCCGCACGUGCUGCGCAUCCGGCGGCCGAUGCGGCGGCGGCCGGCCGGCGGUGAGUGGGGCGAGUCCACAGACGGCAGCUGCUCACCGAGCCCGCCGCCGGCGCGCGGCCAGUGGCGGCUGGGCCGUCCUCUCGCCGCGCCCCAGGGCAGCCGCUCGCCGCCGGCCAGCUCCGCCUCGGUGGGCUCUGUCGGAGCGAGCCAGACGGACGGCGGCGACCGCAGCUGGCAGCAGGGGCCGGCCACUGGGUCCGAUAGUGAGCUGUCCGAGUGUCCGGAGAAAGACACGGCGCACAUCUCCAUGGGCUGCGACACGGAGGCGGCGACGGCCGACCAGCCGCCGGCCGCGGCGCCCGAGGACGUGACCUCAGCGCCGGACAGUACCGCCCUGCCGCCGGCGGAGCCGACCGCGCCGCUCCCCCAGCCGCAGGUGAUCUCGGCGGCCGACAUUCCCCUGCAGAGCGAGUACAUCGUGGAUGACUUUGUCGACGUCAACCUCGCCGACUAUGAGUUGAUUGAAGACGUGGAUAUGUUUGAGCCCGACGGAGAAACCAUGGCGAUGGAGCUGUUCGGCUGCUCGGGCGCCGGCGGUGACGGCCUGUGGAGCUCGCGGCCGGCGGACGGUCACGGCCGGCCGGAGCAGCUGUCCGACUGCGCUGAGCUGUGCGGCUCGCCGCUCACCCUAGACCUGGACGACGAUCUGGUCUGCCGGAGCUCGCACUGCGACUCGCCGAGCGCCACGCCCGGCUGCCGCUGCGCGCUGGCCUCUUCCUACAACAAGAGACUGACGCUGGAGCAGCACCUGAACGUGCAGAUUCUGCCGGCCGACCCGCUGUCGCCGCCGGAGCAGCGCCCAGCGCCCGACAGCAAGGCCAGCGUGGCCAUCGAGCGGCUCAUCAGCUCGGCGGUGCCGCCCGUCGAGCUCGUGCAGCCGCGGCUGGGCGCCGACGCGGACAGUGCGCUGUUCCUGCCGUCGGUGGGGCCGGCGGCCGAGCGGCCGGACGCCGGCCUGCUGCCGGACGGACCGGCCGUGCUGCUCACGCCGGCAGACGUGGUCCAGGAGCUGGCCGACCCGGUGACGGCCGGCGGACGGCGCGCCGCUCGCCGGCGGGCCGCCAGCACGCCCGCCGGCCCCGAGCGGCGAUCGGCGCGGGGCCGCGGCCGUGGCCGAGGCCGAGGCCGGGGCCGUGGGCGCGGUCGCGGCGCCCGUCGGCCGGCUGGCGUCCCAGAGGUGCCGUCCGCCGGCGCGCCGGAGGACGCCUGGCUGGCGCAGACGGCGCUGGGCCGCCGCCCGUGCUCGGACGGGCCCAUGGCGGCCGUCGAAUUCCGGCCGCCGUGUCACCACUUUCGGAAGGUGGUGGUGGGCCUGUCGGACCUGGGCCCGCAGCCGCUAGCGCCCACCACCAAGUACCAGCUGUGGCGCCGUCUGAGCGGCACGCCAGAGAUGGCGGACGUCUGCCGCUGCCUGAACCUCAGCUACCUGGUGAUCGCGCUGCCCAACGGAGACGUGCGCUACCGCUGCAACAUCUGCGGCAAGGAGUUCGCGCUGCAGUCGAGCGUGCGCCGCCACCACCGCAUGGUGCACGAUGACGAGCGGCGCUACACGUGCGCAGAGUGUUCGGCCAGCUACUUCCAGCUCUCCGACCUGAAGCGCCACCUCCUGGCGUCGCACACCAACCUGAAGCCGUUCCUGUGCCGCUACUGCGGGGAACAGUUCGCGCGCGACACAGACUACCGCAAACACGCGGACCAGCGCUGCGGCCGCCGGUAG